AUGGCAAGGCUAGCCAAGGAAGCAAAGAACAUGGCAGGACUGUCGGGGCAGAAGGAGACGGGGGAACACCACAGUCUAACUACAGCUGUAUUAGGAUGCAGUAAUAAAUCUGAUCCAAAAAAUGGCAUUUCAGUGCAUUCUUCGCCGAUUAACAAGCUGGAACGCGCGAAGUGGAAGCGUUUUGUCACGACGCACCGCAUUAACUUCGAGCCUGAAAAUCGUUUCACUGUGUGCUCUGAGCAUUUUGAGGAUAGCUGCUUUGAAAGAGCAGUGCAUKUUGAAGRCUCAAAGAGAAUACUAAAGCCRGGAUCUGUACCAACUCUUUGGAAGCCCGAAAUCAACAGUCAGGACGAACUUAUCAGUGACAGAAGCCGCCGACAGAUAAUACGAGACAUGGCAAUCAACAAGUCGACAAACGAUGAUUCAAAUACGAUUGAUAAUGCGACUGGAGAUACGACUGAAAAUACGAUGAUUCAGAUAAAUGUUUCGGAAAAUGACGAGGUUAUCGACGAGUCUGGUGACAGUGUUAAUAUCUUAGUAAUGGAUACUGUGGAAUCAUCUGUGAAAGUGGAAAUCCCAGGUACUUCCACCUGCAACGAAGAUUUCCAAGAACAAACCCUGGAAAAAGAUCAAGCUGCAAAGUAUGGAGAAAUCGAAGAAAAGCUAAAACUCUCCAAGAGAAAGGUGAAAUGCUUGCAAACAAAAAUCCGCAGGAUGGAAAAAAAAGAAGAAGAGCUACUUGGUGCUUUAGGAGAGAAAGUAAAAAAAGGGCAAAUGAUCACUACAAGUACUCAGACAUAUUACUAUGACUUCGAUAAUACUGCCAACGACAAUGAAGAAAGGGCCGAUGUAGACUGGGAACUCGAUCCAGAGCAUGAAGACCAAAUAAAGAACAAGCAGUUCCACCCUCUCCAGUGA